AUGAUUGGUGACACCAAACUCGCAGUCCUCAUUGAUGCGGACAACGCGCGGCCUUCUCUUAUUAGUCACCUUCUCUCCGAAAUUGCGAAAUAUGGUACAGCUCAUGCUAAACGGGCUUAUGGAGACUGGAGCAGCCCAGCUCUGAAGGGUUGGAAGGACAAGCUCCUUGAACAAUCAAUUCAACCAAUCCAGCAAUUCGCGUAUACCCACGGCAAGAAUGCGACUGACUCAGCUAUGAUCAUUGAUGCGAUGGAUCUUUUAUAUUCUGGCCGAUAUGAUGGGUUCUGUCUUGUCUCAAGCGAUAGUGACUUUAUCCGGCUAGCUGCUCGUAUUCGUGAGUCCGGACCCAUCGUGUACGGACUCGGCGAGCAGAGGACGCCUAAGCCUUUCGUUGCUGCUUGCGAUAAAUUUAUCUACACUGAAAACCUCGUACAUCUUGAUGAGCUUCUACCUCAUGCUAAUAGUGUGAUCGCACCUGAGAAUUCAUCAGCAACUAAACAAGCUCCCGAAGAGAAACACUUCGCAGACCAGUUGCGAACAACUGUAGAAGCAUCCUGCGAUGACGAUGGAUGGGCUAAGCUUUCUGAUGUCGGUCAACUCCUCACAAACAAAUAUCCUGACUUUGACUCUCGCACAUAUGGAUACCACAAGCUUAGUGAUUUAAUCGCCGCUUCAUCUAUUUUCGAAACCAGCCGCCGGUGCCCUCGAAGUGGUUUACCUACUGUGGUUUACGUACGCGAUAAGCGCCGACAGCCUAAGAGUUCUACUAAAUAG